UGGCGAACUUUGCCUCCUGAUACCUUCCACAACCAAAAGAACAACAUUUCAGAAAAGAAGCAAAUCCAAAAAACUCCAAUAUGGAGUCUUCUAUAUCACAAACACUAAGCAAAGUAUCAGAUCCCACAACGGCUCUUCUCAUCGUCGUCUCUCUUUUCAUCUUCAUCGGCUUUAUAACACGGCGGCGAAGGCCUCCGUAUCCUCCCGGUCCACGAGGUUGGCCCAUCAUAGGCAACAUGUUAAUGAUGGACCAACUCACCCACCGUGGUUUAGCCAAUUUAGCUAAGAAAUAUGGCGGCUUGUGCCAUCUCCGCAUGGGAUUCCUCCAUAUGUACGCUGUCUCAUCACCCGACGUGGCUCGACAAGUCCUUCAAGUCCAAGACAGCGUCUUCUCGAACCGACCUGCAACUAUAGCUAUAAGCUAUUUAACUUACGACCGAGCAGACAUGGCUUUCGCUCACUACGGACCGUUUUGGAGACAGAUGAGAAAAGUGUGUGUCAUGAAGGUGUUUAGCCGUAAACGAGCUGAGUCAUGGGCUUCAGUUCGAGAUGAAGUGGACAAAAUGGUCCGGUCAGUCUCUUGUAACGUUGGUAAGCCUAUAAACGUCGGGGAGCAAAUUUUCGCGCUGACCCGCAACAUAACUUACCGGGCAGCGUUUGGGUCAGCCUGCGAGAAGGGACAAGACGAGUUCAUAAGAAUCUUACAAGAGUUCUCUAAGCUUUUUGGAGCCUUCAACGUAGCGGAUUUCAUACCUUAUUUCGGGUGGAUCGAUCCACAAGGGAUUAACAAGCGGCUCGUGAAGGCCCGUAAUGAUCUAGACGGAUUUAUUGACGAUAUCAUCGAUGAACAUAUGAAGAAGAAAGAGAAUCAAAACGCUGUAGAUGAUGGGGAUGUUGUUGAUACCGAUAUGGUUGAUGACCUUCUUGCUUUUUACAGUGAAGAAGCCAAAUUAGUGAGCGAGGCAGCGGAUCUUCAAAAUUCCAUCAAACUUACCCGUGACAAUAUCAAAGCAAUUAUCAUGGACGUUAUGUUUGGAGGAACGGAAACGGUAGCGUCGGCGAUAGAGUGGGCCUUAACGGAGUUAUUACGGAGCCCCGAGGAUCUAAAACGGGUCCAACAAGAACUCGCCGAAGUUGUAGGACUUGACCGACGAGUUGAAGAAGCCGACAUCGAGAAGUUGACUUAUCUUAAAUGCACACUCAAAGAAACCCUAAGGAUGCACCCACCGAUCCCUCUCCUCCUCCACGAAACCGCAGAAGACACUAGUAUCGACGGUUUCUUCAUUCCCAAGAAAUCUCGUGUGAUGAUCAACGCGUUUGCCAUAGGACGCGACCCAACCUCUUGGGCUGACCCGGACACGUUUAGACCAUCGAGGUUUUUGGAACCGGGCGUACCGGAUUUCAAAGGGAGUAAUUUCGAGUUUAUACCGUUCGGGUCGGGUCGUAGAUCGUGCCCGGGUAUGCAACUAGGGUUAUACGCGCUUGACUUAGCCGUGGCUCAUAUAUUACAUUGCUUCACGUGGAAAUUACCUGAUGGGAUGAAACCAAGUGAGCUCGACAUGAAUGAUGUGUUUGGUCUCACGGCUCCUAAAGCCACGCGUCUUUUCGCCGUGCCGACCACGCGCCUCAUCUGUGCUCUUUAAAGUUAUGGUUCGAGUCACGUGUCAGGGGUUUGGUAUGGUGAAAAGUUGGAAGUUGCCCUGAUUCAGGAUUUGUGGAUGUUAUAUGUAUCUAUGUGUAUGUACACGUGUGUUCUUCAUGAAAACAUAAAUGGCUCUUUGUUUC